AUGAUUUUAUCAUUAUUAUUUUUAUUUGUAAUUACUUUAUAUUUUUUAAUUCCUUCAAGAAUUUCAAAAAUAAAUAAAAAUAUACCUGGACCUAUUGGAUAUCCAAUUGUUGGAAAUUUAUUUCAAAUAAAUAAAAAUGUUGUAAAAAGUAUUGACGGAUUUUAUAAAGAAUUUGGACCAGUAUAUAGAUUAAGAAUGGGUAAUAUUGAAACUGUAGUACUAACUGGUAUCGAUACUUUAGAAGAAUCAUUUUUAUUUAAUAAACAUUCAUUUGUUGAUAGAUUCGUUAAAAAAUCUAGAAAAAUCAAUAAUGGAUUAGAUAUAAUUCAUUCAAAUGGGGAAUAUUGGAAAAUUUUAAAAACAAUUUUUCAAACUCAAAUGACUCCAAGAAAAAUAAAAUCUUAUCAAUUUGAAAUUCAAUCACAAGUUGAUUUAAUGGCUGAACAACUUUAUAAAAGUAAAAAUAAUGAUAAUAUUGUUACAAAUAUUAAUGAAAAUAUGAAAUUCAUGUUAUUUAAUAUUAUGUCAAUUUUAAUAUUUGGUAAACAAUCAAUUUAUUGUAACAAUACAAAUAAUAUUAAUAAUAAAGAUGACGAUGAUGUUGAUAAAGAGAAAAAACAUAUUAUAUUUUCAAUUGGUAGAUUUUUUAAAACAUCUGGAUCUUUAUUUUAUUCUGAUUUCAUUCCAAUAUUAUUACCAUUUGAUUUAAUAAAUUUAUCAAGAAAUAAUUUCUUUAAAGAUUUUCAAGUUUUAACAAAUUUUGUAUCAAAAAAUGUUAAUCAACAAUUAUCAAAAUUAAAUGAUAAUAAUAAUAAUAAUAAAGAAAAAGAAGGAGAAGAAAGAAAAAGUAUUGUUGAAGCAUAUUUAGAGAAUUAUUUAAAUGGUGAAAUUAAAUUUGAAUCAGUUUUGAGUUCAUGUACAAAUUUAUUAUUGGCUGGUACAGAUUCAAGUGCAAAUACUCUAUCAUUUUUAUUGGUAUCUUUAAUUAAUAAUCCAGAAAUUCAAGAAAAAGUUUAUAAUGAAAUUAUUACAAAUUUAAAAAAUGAUGAAAUUAGUAUUAAUGAUAGAUUUAAAUGUCCAUAUACAUGUGCUGUAAUUAAGGAAACUCAUAGACUCUAUUCAAUUGCACCAUUAUCUGAACCACAUUAUUGUUCAAAUGAUGUCGAAAUUAAAGGUUUUAAAAUUGCAAAAGGUACUCAAAUUAUUCAAAAUAUUUAUAGUAGUAGUAGAUCUGAACAAUAUUGGGAUAAACCAUUAUCAUUUAUACCAGAAAGGUUCAUUGAUAAUGCCAAUAUUAAGGAAAAAAAUAAAAAUAUUGUUAGUUUUGGAUUAGGUUUAAGAGGUUGUAUUGGUAAAUCAUUUGCAGAGUAUAUGAUAUUUCUAACAGUUGUAAGAUUAAUUAAAAAUUAUAAAUUUUCAAAUCCAUCACCAAAUCAACCAUUAAAAGAAAUUGGUGAAUAUGGUUUAGUAAUGAAUUGUGCAAAUUACAAUGCAAAAAUUGAAAAAAGAAAAUAA